AGAGAGGGAUCAAGGCAGGAUGAAGAGGUUACUUGUGCUUGUGCUGUGUCUCACCUUACUGAGUUUCUUCUCAGGGGCCUCCCCGAUUCUGACGGAAAAGCAGGCCAAACAGGUCCUGAGAUCCCGGCGCCAGGACAGGCCGAGCAAACCCGGGUUCCCUGAUGAGCCCAUGAGGGAGUACAUGCACUAUCUGCUCCGCCUGGAACACCGUGCUGAGGAGCAGUUCCUGGAGCACUGGCUGAAUCCCCACUGCAAGCCACACUGCGACAGGAACCUGGUCCAUCCUGUGUAAGCAGGUCGGGACCAGCCCUCGUAAGCAUUUUGAUAAACAGCGGCCCGGAUACUAUUGAAACAAGAUGAGGCUCCUUUCGUUUCUUUUUUCAGCUGUGGAAUGGACGUCUUCAGGCUUUGUGAAUUGUGGGCACAGCAAAGGUUGCCUUGGGGCUUGAUGGCAGAUAUUUAUGCUGCUUCAUCUGACUAACCUGCACAACUCAUUAAAACCAGUCGCUUAAACUCUAGGCCCCCGUCCCUGCCCAGCAAUGGCCUUCCUACCACGGUGGACGGGUGAGCAGAGAGAUCUUUCCUGGGGCCGGUGGAGCUGGGCCUCCAGAACAGGAGAAGGGUUCGCGGGGAAGCCUUGUUCAGCUAAGUGAAGCACACUCCUUGGGGUGGCUGGGGUUUUGGUCAUUGCUUUCUUUUUUUUCCUCUCUCUCCUUUUCUGCUCUAAUAAACACUGGUGUUAAGCCUGCCUUCCAUGGUGUCUCCUUUCCUCUCCUACAAGAAGAGAAGCAGAGGUUUUUCUUCCUUGUUUAUCUUUGUGACUCCAGGAUCAGAAAAUUUACUGUUCUUUGAAUAGGUGAAUGGAUAAAAAUACAAACACCCGGCAGUUUUUCAGAAGAGCCAUCUCUUUUGGUAAAGAGAUUCUUUACCUAAGGCCAGCUCUGGAAAUAGAGCCGUAACUUAGUACCAGCUCUACACCCUGGUCUUCUAGCCAAGGGGACACUUCUUAUGGAAAGUGGGUUGCAGCUUCUGUAUCCUAGUGCUCCUCACCUAUCUACAAACCCCAGAAUCAGAGAUUGGACUAUCAAAGACCAACAAAAGCAGAAAUUGGGAGGGCAAGGGAAAGUGGACCAGGUGAUCCUAGGGAGAAUGUAAUGACAUCCUCAAAAAGGAUAAGGAGAGAUGCUCGUCCGCCCUGGGCUACAGAGGAGGGUCUGUGCCAGGGGAGCCGGGAGGGCUCGUCCACGAGAAAGUUACUGAGCUUCUCAACAAUGAUGAUACUAACAUUUAUUUUAUCUCUAUUAUGGGCUGAAUCCUGCACUAAGAUUAUUACAUACAGCGCCUCAUUUGAUCAUCACACUGUGGACAAAAAAUGGUUGCCUGCCGUUUCAGUAAACCGUGAAUGUUGCCGGCCAUCAAGCCAUCAGCCACUGAACUGCCCUUGGACC